UUCGCGUAUGUACAAUGGAGAGGGAUACAAGUGGAAACCAACUUGGGCAUAUCAUGGGUGACUUCAACCCUCUACUGGGACUGAUGGAUGAAACAAAUUUCCUGCAGUUCAUUGAUAUCAUUAGAGGAGAAAGUAGCGAUCCCGUUGCCAAGUUUUGUGCCAACUUUGACUGCGAGCACAUUGGUGGCUGUUUGGUGGACAACCAAUUUGAGUCGUCAACCCAACUAAAUCCAUUUGAUCAUUUCCAUACUGAUCAAUCCGUGUCCAACCAUGAUUCUGAUCUGAUCAUCAACACAGUACUGCAGCUAGCCACGGAUGCUGAUGAAGAAGAGAACGACAACCACGAGGAAUCUUCGACAACCACGACCACAAUACCAUCAACAAAGAGAAAAGGAGGUGAUAGGUCGAGAACUCUGGUCUCAGAGAGGCGGAGGAGAGGCCGGAUGAAGGAAAAACUCUACGCGUUGCGUGCAUUGGUUCCUAACAUAACCAAGAUGGAUAAAGCAUCGAUUGUUGGAGAUGCCUUAUUGUACUUGCAAGAUUUGCAGACGCAGGCUAAGAAGCUAAGAUCUGAGAUAGCAGGACUCGAAUCAUCGUUGGGAGGAAGGGAGAAAAACCAACGAGGCAUAGCUGGAAACCAGAAGAACACCCAAUAUACGAAUACCGACCAUCCAAUUUGCAAGAACAUAUUCCAGCUGGACAUGUUUCAAGUAGAAGAAAGAGGAUUUUACGCGAGAGUGGAAUGCAAUAGAGGCCGAGGAGUGGCACCAUCACUCUACAGGGCUGUUGAGUCCCUCACCAGAUUGAAUGUUCCGAGCUCCAACUUGGGCACUCGAGCUGAGAGAUUCAUAUUGACCUUUAAUUUGAAGGUUAAAGAAUGCGAGCCUGACACGAACUUGCAAAAGUUGAAGCUGGGGUUAACUGAGGCCUUGUUGAAACAAGGAUUUGUAUUUCAGACACAGGCAUCUGCCUAAUAUCUUCUCAUCAACCAUAUAUAUGUGUUUCACAGUAUCUCCUUUACUCGCUCCGAAAUGGAAAAAUGAUCUACCGUAUGUAACAGUCAUAUAUAUAUGUAAAUAGUUUUUUUUUUGUAAAAUCAUUAGAAACUCUCAAGUCUCUCACAGUGUCAUGUAGCCACAAAUUGGAUGUAUAUGCAAGAAGAUGCAUACAAGUAAA